UUCAUUUGUGUGUACUUGUCCUGGGAAACACGAUGAAGACAUCGAUUAUUGCCUCGUUCAGUUUGUUAUUAUUCUGUGCAGUUUUUAGAACCAGUCAAGCCCAUUUACGAGAACGGAGGGAAGCUGCUCCUGAGAUCACAGUGACUUUAAAGCUCGACUGGAAUGUCACCGCACUUGGUAAACCGAUUCCACCUAGUUACACAACAAUGGUCCCCAACGGAACUGUUGUGAUGGACAUCAUGAACAAAGUAGCAGGCGAAGAUAAGGAGGGCCCCUUCAACCUUUACGAGAGCACUUACUAUGCUGGGCUGGGGUAUCUGAUCACCACCAUAAAUGGAACGGGACACAGUCAGAACACCAAUUCGUACUGGUACAAAUAUGAUGAAGAAAAUGUAGUGUCUAUUCCGUGUGGAGGGGACUCUUAUGUGCCUCAUAACGGGUCCACGAUUCUAUUCCGGUUUACAGCAGACCCUUACCCGAAUAAUAAUAAAAGUGCGAAUGGAUAUUGUGUUUCUCACUCCACCCCUAGUCAGGAACCUCCCUCUGCGAUCACAGUUACCAUUGGAAUGGAAUGGAAUACGAAUGUCGUUAAAAAGUCAAUCCCUGCUCCGUACACCACCAAAGUCGCCAGUAACACCAGUCUUAGAGAAAUCAUCAACGAAGCUGCAGAUAAAAAUCCCAAGGGCCCUUUUAAUAAGUAUUCAUCCACAUACUAUGGCGGACAGGGACAUUUUAUCACUGCCAUGAACGGUAAUAAAGAGGAUUCCAAGACUGACUCGUAUUGGAUGAUCUACGACAAGAAGACUAAGAAACUCUCCAAACCCUUUGUAGAUCAGUAUAAACCACAGGACGGUUCAACUACAAUCCUAAAGCUUAUAACAGGCCAAGAACCGGAUCCUAGCUGCGGUUGCAAUUUUACAGGGAUGGGUCUGGUAGUCCUGUGCCUCCUGAUAAGUGUGGAGACCUUGUGGCUUUGUUAACGCAAAGUUAACCGGAACGCCUUUCUGGUCUAAUCGCAGAAUGGUCGUAACGAGUCUACUUCAGUUACUCACUAAAGAAGUGCGAGAAUGGAUUUUCUAUUUGACUCUGUCGUGUCAGUGGCAAUAUAGGAUUAUUUAUAGCUUGUUCCAGGGGAAGGGUUAGGGUAGUGGUAGAUGCUAUUUGGUGGAUAAUUCUGAAGGAAAUGCUUUUUCUUUGUUGCUAAUAUUUCUUUCAUGGGCAAAUAAUUCGCUCGUUUUACUGGUAAUGUAAACGAAAGGGGAAUAAAGUGUUUUU